AGAUGUCUCCGAUACCGGAAAGGGCAAAGCUACACAUAGCUAUGGUGGUGUUUCAGUCAGGGUACGCAGGGAAUCACGUGAUCGUGAGAUACGCCCUAAACUUGGGAGUAAGCAAGCUCGUCUUCCCACUUUACCGCACCAUAGUUGCUUUCUCUGUUCUUGCUCCCUCUGCUUACUUCAUUGAAAAAAAAAAGAGACCUGCGUUGAACAAGAGUCUUCUGGUUCAGUUCUUCCUUCUUGGACUAAUCGGAAUAACAUUAAAUCAAGGAUUUUACAUCUUUGGAUUGGACAAUACUUCACCAACAUUUGCAUCAGCAACUGAAAAUACUGUUCCUGCUGUUUCAUUCCUCAUGGCCGCCUUACUCGGAAUAGAGAAAGUGGGAUGGAAGAGGAAAGAUGGUAUAGCAAAAGUGGUGGGCACAGUUGUAUCAGUGGCAGGAUCUUUAGUUAUAACGCUCUAUAAAGGACCAACCAUUUACCAACCGAGUCUGCGUUUAAUGAACCAACACAUGAAAGCUGAAGAAGCAGAGGAGCAAAACAAGAACUGGACGUUGGGAUGUCUUUGUUUGAUGGGUCACUGUUUAUGCUGGUCAAGUUGGAUUGUGUUGCAGUCACCAUUGCUAAAGAAGUAUCCAGCUCGCUUCUCCUUCGUCUCCUUUGCUUGCUUUUUCGCCGUGUUACAGUUCUUCGGAAUCUCUGCUUAUUUCGUGAGAGAUCUAGAGAGGUGGAAGAUAACGUCAGUAGGCGAAGUAUACGCGUUACUAUACACUGGAAUAGUGGGUUCAGCAAUGGUGUUUGCAAUACAAAUAUAUGUAGUGCAGAGAGGAGGACCUCUGUUUGUAUCAGCGUAUUUGCCUCUACAAACUUUAAUUGCUGCUGUUUUAGCCACUCUUGCUCUUGGUGAACACUUCUACCUUGGAGGACUGAUUGGUGCAAUACUAAUCAUGAGUGGACUGUACUUAGUCGUGAUGGGAAAGAGUUGGGAGAAUCAAGAAACUCUUCUUUGUCAACAACAACAACAACAACAACAUAUGAUUUCUUCAGCAUCCGAAUUUGGUCAUGAAGAAGACUACCAUAAUAAUAAUAAACCAAUAUCUUCUCUUUAUCAACCAUUAAUUUCUUCCUAAA